AUGCCUCUAACCUCCCCACGGUUUGAUACUGAUGAAGGGGACCAGUGCUCGAGACUCUUGGAAUCAGUGAAAGAUAUUUCUAGUCACUUGGAUGUCACAGCCUUAUGUCACAAAGUUUUCUUGCAUAUCCAUGGACUCGUCUCCGCCAACCGCUACUCCUUAUUCCUCGUCAGUGAGGACAGCUCCAACGACAAGUUUCUUAUCAGCCGCCUCUUUGAUGUUGCAGGAGGUUCAACACUGGAAGAAGCUUCGAAUAACUGUAUCUGCUUAGAGUGGAACAAAGGCAUCGUGGGACACGUGGCCGCUCUUGGCGAGCCCUUGAACAUCAAGAACGCCUAUGAGAAAAGAAAGAAGAAAAACUCAUUGCUCCUUUCUCCCUUUCACUGCAACAGUGCCUUCCCAGCUCAAGCACCAAACAAAGCUAUUAAACUGAAGCCACGUGUCAUGGUGAGCUCUGAGGAAACUCGGGAAAGAAAAGAAUACCUGCUUUCCAGCUCAAUCAGACUGCAGCCACUCCCCACUGUGAUCCCUGAGGAAACUCAGGAAGGAGAAGACAGGAUGCUGGUCCCAGGUGGUAAGGUGUGUAUCAAAGGGGUUGAUUUCAGUGAGAUGGCUGGUGCAUCUUCCCACACAUAG